UGUCCGGGGCGUGUCUGGAACCGGACUUGGUAGAGGGGAUGUAAGGAGGCGGAUAGGUUGCGGCGGCUGCGGCAGCAUGGUGGGCUCGGAGAAGGAGCAGAGCUGGAUCCCCAAGAUCUUCAGAAAGAAGACGUGCACGACGUUCAUCGUGGACCCCACAGAUCCGGGGGAGACCUUGUGCCAGUGUGGGUGUCCCCGGAGUACGCACCCGUCAGUGGCUGUGGAGGAUGCGUUUGGGGCAGCUGUGGUGACCGUGUGGGACAGUGACUUGCACACCACGGAAAAGCCCACUGAUGCCUACGGGGACCUGGACUUCUUGGGCGCCGGCCACAAGGCCAGCAAUUUCCUCCGGCUCUCUGACCGAACGGAUCCAGCUACAAUUUAUAGUCUGGUCACGCGCACAUGGGGCUUCCGGGCCCCAAACCUGGUGGUGUCAGUGUUGGGGGGAUCGGGGGGCCCCACCCUCCAGACCUGGCUGCAGGACCUGCUGCGACGAGGGCUGGUGCGGGCUGCCCAGAGCACAGGGGCCUGGAUUGUCACCGGGGGGCUGCACACUGGCAUUGGCCGGCAUGUUGGUGUGGCUGUGCGGGACCACCAGAUGGCCAGCAUCGGGGGCAGCAAGGUGGUGGCCAUGGGCGUGGCCCCCUGGGGUGUAGUUCGUAAUAGAGAGAACCUCAUCAACCCCAAGGGAUCGUUCCCUGCAAGGUACCCGUGGCGCGGUGACCCCGAGGACGGGGUCCAGUUUCCCCUGGACUACAACUACUCGGCCUUCUUCCUGGUGGACGAUGGCACUCACGGCCGCCUGGGCGGGGAGAACCGUUUCCGCCUGCGCUUCGAGUCCUACAUUGCCCAGCAGAAGACAGGCCUGGGAGGGACUGGAAUUGACAUCCCUGUCCUCCUCCUCCUGAUCGAGGGUGAUGAGAAGAUGCUGAAGCGGAUAGAGAAUGCCACUCAGGCCCAGCUCCCCUGCCUCCUGGUGGCCGGGUCUGGGGGAGCUGCAGACUGCCUGGCAGAGAUCCUGGAAGACACUCUGGCUCCAGGGAGUGGAGGGGGCAGGCGACGUGAAGUUCGAGAUUGGAUUAAGCGUUUCUUCCCCAAAGGGGACCCUGAGGUUCUGCAGGCCCAGGUGGAGAAAAUCAUGACCCGGAAGGAGCUGCUAACAGUCUAUUCCACUGAAGAUGGCCCUGAGGAAUUUGAGACCAUUGUUUUGAAGGCCCUUGUCAAGGCCUGUGGGAGCUCUGAGGCCUCAGCUUACCUGGACGAGUUGCGUUUGGCUGUGGCUUGGAACCGCGUGGACAUUGCCCAGAGUGAACUCUUCCGGGGGGACAUCCAAUGGAGGUCCUUCCACCUGGAGGCCUCCCUCAUGGACGCCCUCCUGAACGACCAGCCGGAGUUCGUGCGCUUGCUCAUCUCCCAUGGCCUCAGCCUGGGCCACUUCCUGACUCCGAUGCGCGUGGCCCAGCUCUACAGCGCGGCGCCGCCCAACUCGCUCAUCCGCAGCCUUCUGGACCAGGCGUCCCACUCCCACGGCGGGAGCACCAAAACCUCCGCGCUUAAAUCUCCUGGGGAGCCCCAACCCCCUAACGUGGGGCGGGUGCUGCGGAUGCUGCUGGGGGAGACGUGCGCGCCAAAGUACCACACUGGAGGCGCCGAGGAUCUCUACCCAGGCCAUGGCUACCGGGAGAGCACUGGCCUGCUUCUGGACUCUGCCACGCCAGAAUUCACGCUGAGCACUGUCCCCGGGCAGGCGCCCUGGAGUGACCUGCUCCUCUGGGCUCUGCUACUGAACAGGGCUCAGAUGGCGGUGUACUUCUGGGAGAUGGGCUCCAAUGCUGUGGCCUCAGCUCUUGGGGCCUGUUUGUUGCUCCGAAUGCUGGCGCGCCUGGAGACUGAGGCUGAGGAGGCAGCACGGAGGAAGGAACUGGCGGCCAAGUUUGAGGGGCUGGGUGUUGACCUCUUUGGCGAGUGCUACCGCAGUAGCGAGGAACGGGCCGCUCGCCUGCUCCUCCGACGCUGCCCGCUCUGGGGGGAUGCCACUUGCUUCCAGCUUGCCAUGCAGGCUGACGCCCGUGCCUUCUUUGCCCAGGAUGGGAUACAGUCUCUGCUGACACAGAAGUGGUGGGGGGAGAUGGACAGCACCACGCCCAUCUGGGCCCUGGUUCUCGCCUUCUUUUGCCCCCCACUCAUCUACACCAACCUCAUCAACUUCAGGAAGUCGGAUGAGGAGUCCACACAGAAGGACCUGAUGUUUGACAUGGAUACAGCCAUCAAUGGGGAAGGGCCUGCUGGGCCGGCAGACCCCCCUGAGAAGACGCCCUCGGAGGUGCUGAAGCAGCCCGGCCACGGGGGCUGCUGCGGGGGGUGCCCCCCGCGCCUGCGCCGCUGGCCCCAGUUCUGGGGGGCGCCGGUGACGGCCUUCGUGGGCAACGUGGUGAGCUACCUGUUCUUCCUGCUGCUCUUCGCCCGCGUGCUGCUCAUCGACUUCCAGCCCGAGCCGCCCGGGCUGCCGGAGCUGCUGCUCUACUUCUGGGCCUUCACCCUGCUCUGCGAGGAGUUCCGGCAGAGCCUGGGCAGCGGCUGGGGCGGCCUGGCCACGGGGGGCUCCGGGCCGGGCCCCCGCCACGCGCCGCUGCGCCGCCGGCUGCAGCUGUACCUCUCGGACGCCUGGAACCAGUGCGACCUGCUGGCCCUUACCUGCUUCCUGCUGGGCGUGGGCUGCCGGUUGACCCCAGGCCUGUAUGACCUGGGCCGCACUGUCCUCUGCCUCGACUACAUGGUCUUCACGCUGCGGCUGCUGCAUAUCUUCACCGUCAACAAACAGCUGGGGCCCAAGAUCGUCAUCGUGAGCAAGAUGAUGAAGGACGUCUUCUUCUUCCUCUUCUUCCUCUGCGUGUGGCUGGUUGCCUAUGGGGUGGCCACGGAGGGGCUCCUUAGGCCCCGGGAUCGUGACCUCCCAGGUAUACUGCGCCGCGUCUUCUACCGGCCCUACCUGCAGAUCUUUGGGCAGAUCCCCCAAGAUGACAUGGACGUGGCCCUCAUGAAGAAUGGCAACUGCUCAUCGGAGGAGGUGCACCCAGAGGGGGCCCAGGCGGGUUCCUGCGUCAGGGUUUAUGCCAACUGGCUGGUAUUGUUCCUCCUCGUCAUCUUCCUGCUCGUGGCCAACAUCCUGCUGGUCAAUUUGCUCAUCGCCAUGUUCAGCCACACCUUUGGCAAAGUACAGGGCAACAGUGACCUCUACUGGAAGGCGCAGCGCUACAGCCUCAUCCGGGAAUUUCACUCUCGUCCUGCGCUGGCCCCGCCCCUUAUCAUCAUCUCGCACGUGCGCCUCCUCCUCCGGCGAUUGCGCAGGAGCCGGGCCAGCUUGCCAUCAUCCCCGGUCUUCGAGCACUUUCGGGUCCGCCUCUCGAAGGAAGCUGAGCGGAAGCUGCUGACGUGGGAGUCGGUGCAGAAGGAGAAUUUCCUGCUGGCGCGCGCACGGAACAUGCGGGAGAGCGACUCCGAGCGUCUGAAGCGCACGUCGCAGAAGGUGGACACGGCGUUGAAGAAGCUGAGACAGAUCCGCGAGUACGAGCAGCGUCUGAAGGGCUUGGAACAGGAGGUCCAGUACUGCAGCCGUGUCCUGGGCUGGAUGGCUGAAGCCAUGAGCCGCUCUGCGUUGCUUCCCCCAGGGGGGCCACCACCCCCGUCCCCGCUUGCGCCCAAAGACUGAGCCCUGCUGGCGGACUUCAAGGAGUAGCCCUCAUAGGGAGCUUUUGCUCCCGGAGUAAGGCCCAGCUGGUCCUCGACUCCGGCAGCUGGCAGCCUUUCCCUUGAGGUAGGCCCCAUGCCCCUGGACCACCACCUGGGCUGCUGUCGGGACCACUGCCGGGAGUGUCAUCCAUGUCAGCCACAGCAGGCCCGCUCCUCCAGGAACCAGCCCCCUUUGGGAAGACCAGCCUCUGGAGCCCCGGCGUUGCCCCUCUGAAAGCCCUGCCACAGCCUGGCGGGCGGGAGAAGGCUGCAGGGCCCUGGGGAUACAGGGCCCCAGACCCCAUUCACAGCUCCCCACACUGGGGAAAUAAAGCCAUUUGAGAGGAGUAGGGUCUGGAUGCUUGAUUCUU